AUGAAUGAAUGCCUUCUUCUCAAAUGGUGGUGGAGGUUUGGGAGUGAAUUUGAUUCUAUUUGGAAACAAGUGAUUCUUAGUAAGUACCCACAGACUGGUGGUGCUAGGUGGCCAGAUCAAGAUGCAAUUUCCAGAUAUUCUAUGGUGUGGAGGGACAUUUUGAGGGUUGCUAUUAAGUGUCCAGAGUUGCUGGAGUCAUUUAAGGCCAACUCAAAGAUUAAUAUUGGGGAUGGGAGGCUCAUAAGCUUUUGGCUGGAUCAAUGGGUUGGUACUGACUGUUUAAAGAAUUUAUUUCCUAAAUUAUACUCUUUGUUUAUGCAUAAAGGUCUAUCAGUGGCAGUGAUUACUAGCGAAAGCAAUGGAGAUGGGGAGUGGGAUUUGUCUUUCAGAAGAGCAUUGUUUCAAUGGGAACUUGAAGAGUUGAGGAGGAUGAAGGAGUUACUACAAACUGCUCCAGAGCUCAGGAAUGGUGUGCUAGAUGGGUUGUCUUGGGCUGCUGACAGAUCGGGUAUCUUUACUGUAUCGUCUGUCUACAAGUGGAGUGAAUUACCAUCUAAUCUGCCUACAAAAGUGGUGAAUCUCAUCUGGAAGAAUGCUGCACCUCCGAAAGUGCAAUUUUUUGCUUGGCUAGCAUGGAAAGGUAGGAUCAAGACUUCUACCUUUUUGCAAAGUAUUGGGAUCCUUAGUGCCAACUCUGAUGUUAACUGUGUUUUCUGCAUGAAGGAAAAGGAAACUGCGUCCCAUGUGCUGCUGUGCUGUAUGUUUAGUUGGAGAGUUUGGUCUAAUAUUCUUGGAUGGUGGGGUGUAUCUUGGGUGCAGCCGGGGUCAGUAGUGGGUCUUCUUCAAUGGUGGACUGGGGUUACAUGCACUAAAAGAUUGAAGAUUUCUAGCUUUAGAAUGCUGAUGGCGACAACACUGAUUGGCGGCGGUGUGCAAAGACCAAUUGAUCUUCAAGCUUCAAGAAAGACGGUGGUGGAGACGUUGAUUGCUGGCUGUGGAAGCAACGCUGAUUGA